CGACAACGUCUCAAUUUGUAGCCAUUCUGAAGCCUGAUUUCAUAUACUUGAUUGAUUGAUUUUAAUUUUUAAUUCAUUGAAAUUUCUAAACAUUCCUUUCAUUGGUCUGUCAGAUUUACAAAAAACAUUUUUUGUCACUUAUAGGGUCCUUAAAAUGUUUAAAAAAAAAAAAUGUUGAAAACGUUCCCCAAGAUUUGAACAAUGUCGUUGCCGUUAGCUUUGACUUUUUAUUGAAGGGGAAAAGAUCAAUUCAAAUCAAAACUCCGAUUUUGGGGGCAGGGCCGAGUCGGGGUUUUCUGUUUUGAGGCCGCAUCGCCCAGCCCUGUUGCUUUGCCGCCCUCUUGUAGUAUGUUGGCGCAAAGGAACUAUGUUGAAGUGAGCUCGGCUCGCCUGUCAAUCAACGUCUGCUGUGUUUUUAGCUCCUGACGGCUUUCGACGCCCUGAAGAGCAUCGGCGUGAUCCACACGGACCUCAAGUCAGACAACAUCAUGCUGGUCAACCACAGCGCGACGCCCUUCCGGGUCAAGCUGAUCGACUUCGGACUGUCCAUCACCACCUCGGAAGCGCACCAAAGUUACGGCGUGGCCCUGCAGCCCAUGGGCAACAGGGCGCCGGAAGUGGCCCUCGGUCUUCCCUUCUCCGAGGCCAUCGACAUGUGGUCUCUGGGAUGCGUCUUGUCCUUUUUGUACCUGGGAAACUACCUCUUCUUGGCCAACUCCAACUACAACAUGGUAGGUCAUCUUGAACUCUCUUUGUUGAAUCUUUCCUGGUCAAAUGUAUCGCAUGCACACGUCCGUCCGUUUUCAUCCACUUGUCCGGAGUCGGGUCGCGGGGGCAGCAGCUUCGAAGGAGUUCGCGGUUUGGUAGUUUUCAAAGCGCCGGCCGCGCUCGUAGCCGUUCGGCGGCACGACCCCGCGGCAGAACAUGCAGGCGGGGCCGGGUAUUGAUCCCCGGUCCUCACAACUGUGAGGCAGAUGUGCUAACCGGUACGACUCUAUUUUGAAUAAGUCCCCCUACCAACAUGGCAGCCAUCGACAGUGCUAAUGCUAGUUACACACAAAGACAAUUGGGCUGUUUUUGUCCAAAUUUUCGGUCUUAGCGGACCAGAUAAGAAGACAUUGGUGCAACACAAACACGGUCUUUGUGUGUGUGGUGUUGUGUACGACCGAAACUGUUCCAAUACCUGAUUUAUUUUGUUGUUGUUGAAAUCUUCAUGUUUGGGGAUUGACCCACCUGCGGUGUUUCCAGUUGCGGAGCAUGAUCGAGGUGGUGGGUCGCAUUCCCGAUCAUCUACUGAACGCCAGCAACAUCGCUCACAAGUAUUUCAAGAGGAGCGACAGAGACAACGACGGAGAUCAUCCCAAAUGGCGGCUCAUGGUGAGGUCACACGUCGUCGCGUAACAUUGUUCACGUUCAAUCGAUCGCCAUUUGUGCCCGCCUCGCGACGCAAAUCGAACGGAACGGUAGUUUUGCCAGUUGUUUCGCUGAUAAACUCACGAAGGGAACCCAUCAUCAGGCCAGCCGCCAAGUCGACGACACCAGCUAGCCGCUAGCCGCCAGUCGAUUUUCUAUUAAGCAAUUUCAAAAAAAAAAAAGUGCAACCCGUGAGCUGGUUUCACAAGUCAACAGCAGAAUUGCCUUCUUCGCUAA